AUGGCAGGCCGUGGCUGUCUGGGGCUGGGGCUGUUCUGCUGGGUCCUGCUCACUGUUCCUGUGGACCCCCAGCCUACCUCCUCCAUCCCAGGUGCCUCUCUCACCACUUUGACCCCGCCACCUCAGAGUGAGGCUUCCAUGCUGUCUCUCAACCUGGGACUUAACUUCAAAUUCCAUCUUCGGGGACCUGCUGCUGCCUGGGGGAGCCCUGUCACAGAGACCCAAUCUCUCUCUCCUGGGCCAGGCCAGGAGCCAGGGGAAGAGGUGGCCAGUGGGCUGAGGACUGACCCUCUUUGGGAAUUGCUGGUGGGCUACCCCGGGAGCUCUCCCCCAGAGUGGGGCUCCGCCGAAGGCAGCUCUUUGCCUUGGGCCUCCUCCCUGCCUCUGGAGUCCACAUCCCCCCUCUCUGGGCCCACAAACCGGCCCACUGUUCCCUAUCAGCCCAGGAUGGGCACUGUGACCUGGGACACUGCUCUGACGGCAACAGCACCUCCAUCCAGAGCUCCCAGGCCCCACCAGAGUGAGCUGGAGCUGAAGUUUGAUAUGGCACUGAGAGCAGGUGCAGCCCCCACACUUGGGCAUCGAACACUGCCCCUGCUGCCCAGCCUGCGGGCCAGCCUGGCAGAGAUUGCUGGGCGCCUGGGACCCUUUGGGUUCUUUGGCACUACUCUGUCUCCACUCCGGAACUUCUCAGGCCCCAGGCCCCCAGCUGCAACUGCAUCCCCAAGCUCUGCCUCUGGAGUGUCAGGUUCUCCAGGGUUUUUUGGUACCACUCUGUCCCCAUCUCCAUCCCCCUGGGAGAGGAAGCUCUCAAGCCCAAGCCCACUGGACCUAGCUUCUUCCCUAAGCUCUGCCGCAAUGGCAACAGCAUCACUAGACCCCACCAUCCCCACCUCUGGCCCAGAUGGCCUCUCUCCUGCCAGCUUUGGGAACCCUUCGGUGCAGCCAGAGUGUGGGACAGAGUCCUGCAGAAUGGGAGAAUUGCCUGAACACGAGGGGCAGCCUCCUGCAGCCCCAUUGCCCCUCUUCUUCCUCACCUUGGAGGCCGACUGGGCAGAGGCCAGGGCUCGCUGGGGGCUGGCCUGGGAAGCCCACGUGUACGGGGUAGGCGCGCUCUUUGGCCUGGUGGCCCUGCUGGCGCUGCUGGCUCUGGCCCUCUUGCCCUGGCGCUGCCCUCCCAGCGCCCCCUGCCUGGCGCUGCUGGACCUGCUGCUGCUCUCAGCCGGGACCACGCGAGCCUUCCCACUCUUCUACGAUGCCUACGGGCACCGCGACCGGCUGCCCGCGCUCGCCUGGCUGCUGCUCCCCAGGGCCUGGCUGGCCGGCAGCAGCGCCUCAUCAGGCUCGCUGUGCGGACUCUCCCGGGACAGCUCGUCCAUGCUGCUGUGCUCCAGCCCCGACAGGCUCCCGCGCUGUCCGCUGGUCUGCGUCCUCACUCCCCCGCGGCCCUCGGGAAGCAGCCCCAGACUCCCGGCCUCAGGAUCCUACCAGGCCUUGUCCCCACUCUCCCGCGACUCCCCAGAGCCUGCUCCUGAGCUGCAGGCCGAAGAGGCCUUGCUGCAGGAGCAAUUCCUGGAUGCCUGCCGACAGAUCGACGAGUUGAGCAUGGGCAGCGACACCAUAGACUUGUGA